AUGGCUAUCUCUCUCCCCCAACCGCUGCCUCAACAGCUCACGCUUAUCGACCCGACGAUGGGCGUCGAAGGCUCAAGUGGCGCUCCAUCAUCGCCCAGACUCCGAGCGGCGUUGCUCAGUUGUCCAUCGUUCAAAGUGAGAUGUGUGAGGGGUCAUUGGCCUACGGGGAUUGUCGGGGAUGUGAGUAAACGUUACCAGAAGACGUUCGUGCUUGGUGGUGUAUCACGUGGCACUGACGGCGAUCUUCCUUGCGAAUGACUCAGAUCGGCGCUCAACCUUUCAAACGCGUAGGAAUCAGAUGCAAUCAAGCUCAUAUCGCUCGCAGUAAGCCUAGUACCAGGACCAUAUAAUCCAUACAGUCGACACAAGCCGACUGACUCGCCUGCUCCCUUGCGCUGUCCCCGCCGAGCGCAGAUACGCGAAUGUGCAACUUUGUCUUUGAGGAGCAGUGCGAGGGCCAGUGCGAGGCGUAUGGCCCGAUUCCUUUCUGA